AUGGCCCAUCUGCUUGGUUGGAAAGACAUCCUUAGGCCAAUCCGCGAUGGAUACCGCCAUCUCUUUCCUAGCCCCGACACUGGGCCAACGCCUGAAGAGCGACGCAGACAGCGCCAAGUAGAUCGUCUGAAGGGCUUCGCCUACUUCGAUACAUUCGACCAGUUGGAGUCGUGGAAGGAAGACGAUUCUGAUCCGCUGCAAAGAGCCAACACGCCGCUGCUACGCGGGACCGACGGCAUUGAGAGGGACGGCGUUGUCAAAGUCCCCGUUCUAUUAAUCCAUGACUACUCUGGCAAUUACCAUGACUACGAAAGCGUCAACGCUGUUGAUGUGGACAGAGAGUUUUAUUCGUGUGAAUACCUCCAGUUUGUUGAUACCUUCAUUUACUUCUCGCAUAAGUUGGCUUGCGUUCCGCCGCCUACAUGGAUCAAUUUGCUUCAUAGAAAUGGCGUCGAGGUGCUUGGAACGCUGUUGAUUGAGCCGCAGACUGAGGGUUCGGAACGUUUGUUACAGCAUACGUUUGACCAAGCCGGAGAGAUGCACUUCCCCAUGGCGAAGAAACUAGCUAGCAUCGCGACGCACUUUGGCUUCGAUGGCUGGCUAGUCAACAUCGAGAAGCCGUUUCCAAGCGAAGCGUGGAGUGCAAAGCUUCUCGAAGCUUUCCUGCUCCAGUUGAAAGCCAACUUAGGAGUCGGUCUUGACCCCAAGUCAGCUGGCAAGCGGCUCAUAUGGUACGACGCCCUCACCACCUCCAACAAAAUCUCCUACCAGAACCAAGUCAACAACUCCAACAUGGACUUUGCCUGUGCAUGCAGCAACAUACUCACAAACUAUUGCUGGAAAGAUAUUGACGUCUCCGAAUCAAUAAAGUGGUGCUUGUACAGCAGAUUCCUACCCAAGGGAAACAUCUACUUCGGUGUGGAUGUCUGGGCACAAAACAAGUCUGAUUUCAGGCAUCCGCGCGUUACAUGGCCAGAGGUUGGAGGUGGCGGUACCAAUACCGGGAUGGCUGUGAGAAAAAUGGCCGACUCUGGCUUGCCAGUAGGUAUUUUUGCGCCUGCGUGGUCGUUUGAACAUUUUCCAGAUCAUGGACGCCAUCUCGAACGUGCUGUCUGGGAAGGUGAGUCGCUGCCAGACAACAUCCAGUGUGAUUGCGGAGAUUGCGAGUUUCGGCAUCCACUGAACAGAGAGUGGCCCAUUUUGCGUACGGCGAAGGAGCGCGUGGCGGGAUCAGAGCACUUAUUCUAUACGGAUUUUAGUCGUGCUUUCGGAACAUAUCGAGAGAAGGCAAACGACAGUUUUGAUGGCCACGACAUACACGCACAGCUCGGCCAGCAAUCCGUACUGCCUCGUCCAGCCAUUCUCGCACGUGGUUCGGGAGCCGUCACACUCUCACCCCGCAUCGAAAAUGAACAAAAUAGCCACAUCCUAGUAAAAACCGCCACACAGAACCGCCCAACCGAUUCGGAAACGAUAGAAGAACACCUUCCCCUCUAUAAACUUGACAUGCCCGCAGACGGCUCCCUCCGUCUUUCCGUCGUACCAAGCCCCGCAUCCCCAUCCUACAUAACCUCACAGACAAAAGAUGCGAUCAUAAGCAUCUACUUCAAAACCACACAAGGAACUCACUACCUCCCCUCACCUUUGUCCAGCGAUCCACAACGAUUAAUCGACCAAGUACCCAAUGCCCGUAUCCGCGAACUAGGCGUCCACCUAAAAGGGCCUUGGGGCGCCCCAGUUGGCGAAACUGUACGAGUACUGGGCAUUAGAGAUAUAUGUAUAACGCCCCGCUUCACGCUGCACCAUAUACCCGUCUUUGAAAUUGUGGACCUCAAGCUGGUACAGUGUGGGCAAGAGCAAGACGAGGAAGACCAUAUAGUUCGAUUAACCUGGAAGACUGAAGGAGCGAGUGGGAGCGAGUGGGUCGAUAAAGGGAUGGUGCUUAGUCAUGUGACGGGGCCCAUGGCGUGGUUUGUUGUUCGAGUGGACGGGGCGGUGGUAGGCAGGGUGUAUGCGUUGGAGUGUAUUUUGGACAAGAAGGUUGUGGAAGCACACGCUGGGCAGGAAGUGGAGGUUGAAGUCACAGGAUUCGGUUUCGAUGGGUACAAGCUUGCGGAGAAGAAGAGUAUGCUGCACUUGUGA